AUGACCUUCCAGAGCCUCUCUGAGCAGCUGCAGCAGUCGGUGACUCCUUUUGUUGUCUCCAUACAAGCCAAAGAGUGUGCAGGUCAGUCCCAUGUAUGUGGUACUUGACAAAUACAUCUUAUUUCUAUUAUUAGGCAACAAGGGAAUUUGUACAACAGAUAUUAUGGCUAUUUGAGGUUGGUAAUUGGGUAGAUUUGAUUUAUUUAUACUUUGAUCUAAUAACAUUUGACAUUUUAGUCAUUUAGCAGAUGCUCUUAUCCAGAGCGACUUACAGUUAGUGAGUGCAUACAUUUUUCAUACUGGCCCCCCGUGGGAAUCGAACCCACAACCCUGGCGUUGCAAGCGCCAUGCUCUACCAACUGAGCUACACGGGGCCCUGUGUAUGUGCAUGCCUUUUUUAUUAUGACACGUGGAUACUACCUAACUCAAUUCAUAAUCUUUUCAUUUCGUUCUGUCCUCAGCCCUGAAGCACCUGAUGCAGAGGGUUCUAGAGAGACUGAUGGGUACUGGUGUGUCAGUGGAUGUUGAGGAUGAGCCUGAGCAACACAGUACCAAUGUUAACCAGAAGAGGGUGCACUGCUCCCUUGGCACGCUCUGUGACCGGUACAAGAGCGUAACACAGGUACGAAGCUACUGCACUCGAUUAAGGACUAAUAUGAGGCUUUUAUGUAAAACUGUCACAUUUGCUCUUGGCAUUCUCUCAACCAGCUUCACCUGGAAUGCAUUUCCAACAGUCUUGAAGGAGUUCCCACAUAUGCUGAGCACUUGUUGGCUGCUUUUCCUUCACUCUGCUGUCCGACUCAUCCCAAACCAUCUCAAUUGGGUUGAGGUCGGGGGAUUGUGGAGGCCAGGUCAUCUGAUGCAGCACUCCAUCACUCUCCUUCUUGGUAAAAUAGCCCUAACACAGCCUGGAGGUGUGUUGGGUCAUUGUCCUGUUGAAAAACAAAUGAUAGUCCCACUAAGCCCAAACCAGAUGGGAUGGCGUAUCGCUGCAGAAUGCUGUGGUAGCCAUGCUGGUUAAGUGUGCCUUGAAUUCUAAAUAAAUAACAGUGUCAUCAGCAAAGCACCCCCACACCAUAACACCUCCUCCUCCAUGCUUUACGGUGAGAACUACACAUGCAGAGAUCAUCCGUUCACCCACAUCGCAUCUCACAAAGACAUGGCGGUUGGAACCAAAAAUCUCAGAUUUGGACUCCAAACCAAAGGACAGAUCUCCACCGGUCUAAUGUCCAUUGCUCGUGUUUCUUGGCCCAAGCAGGUCUCUUCUUCUUAUUGGUGUCCUUUAGUAGUGGUUUAUUUGCAGCAAUUCGACCAUGAAGGCCUGAUUCACACAGUCUCCUCUGAACAGUUGAUGUUGAGAUGUGUCUGUUACUUGAACUCUGUGAAGCAUUUAUUUGGGCUGCAAUUUCUGAGGCUGGUAACUAAUGAACUUAUCCUCAGCAGCAGAGGUAACUCUGGGUCUUCCAUUCCUGUGGCGGUCCUCAUGAGAGCCAGUUUCAUCAUAGCCCCCCCCCCCACCUUGUCACAACACAACUGAUUGGCUCAAACGCAUUAAGAAGGAAAGAAAUUCCACAAAUUAACUUUUAAGAAGGCACACCUGUUAAUUGAAAUGCAUUCCAGGUGACUACCUCAUGAAGCUGGUUGAGAGAAUGCCAAGAGUGUGCAAAGCUGUCAUCAAGGCAAAGGGUGGCUAUUUGAAGAAUCUCAAAUAUAAAAUAUAUUUAGAUUUGUUUAACACUUUUUUGUUUACUACAUGAUUCCAUAGUUUUGAUGUCUUCACUAUUAUUCUACAAUGUAGAAAAUAGUAAAAAUAAAGAAAAACCCUUGAAUGAGUAGGUGUGUCCAAACUUUUGACUGGUAGUGUAGUUGUAUUGGACACAUAGUGCUCAUGCUCCUCUGUGCCCUAUUCCUAAACCCAAUAGUGUUCUAAAGUUGCAGUUGAAUACCAACUAGAGAUUAACGCACAUAACGCACAUUUUCACUCAAGACCCCCAUUGAUGAUGGCAUGAUUUUUUAGUUGCACAUGUCUAUCUCAAGUUAGAAUUCAGACUUUAAUGUGAGUAUUGCUUUUCCCCUAUGUCUCAAGGUGAUCCUGACCCCACUGUUUCCCUUUAAGCCCAGUGGCAAGGUGCUGCAGGUGCUGGUCAGCAUCUUCCUCUUCCACGACUUCUCUGUACGCAACUUCAUCAAAGGCCUUCUGGUGAGGACUGCCCUCUGAUUGUUGGUGUGAUUAUUUUAGAACUGUUCAAAUGUGCUGAAAUGGAAUUCUCCUUUAACUGAUGUUUAACUGACUGACUGAACACCGAAUGUUGAUUGUGCUCUGUAGUGUCUUUCAAAGACUAACUUUGAGAUAUGUGGGCUGGAUGUAUUAUUUUGGACUGUGUAUUCCUGUGAAUAGUUACCUUAUCUUUUGCAUUGCUUGUUCUCAAGUUUGUUUGUGUGUGUGUUGACCUUGGGGACCCCUCCCCAGUUAUCUCUGCUGGAGCACUUCCACAGCCAGCCUCUGAGCGUGCUGUGCUGUAAGGAGGAGGCCCUGGGCCACGCCACUGGGCUCAGCCGCCGGGAUGUAGAGAGGAUCCAACAGCUGCGCUCCUUCAUGAGGUGACUGUCACACACACACACACACGCAGGCCAACGAGUCCCCAACACACACACUCUUCUACCCAUAUGAUGGUUGAGUAACAUUAUUUAAAUGUUGUGUGGUUUGUCUGUAUAAAAAAUUGUAAGGUAAAUAUUAUUGAGUGGUGUUGAGAGGUACUGAACCUCAUAUUGACAAGACUGAAUUAUGCGCUUAACGUAAUGUAUUGACACUGGUCUUGGGUGAUUGUGUGUCCUGCCACUCCUUUUAGAAAGUGUGUCAGAAACGACUGAAAGUUCUUCGCAAAUACCAUAAGAACUACUACCCCAUUCUGAGUUGUCUCCACAGUCUAACAUCUUCUCUAUCCAAAUACCCUCUGGGGAAACAGGUUUGAACAUUUUGUAUAUCAAGGUUGCCAUUGAAAUAAUACAUAAUAUGUUAGGAAUGUAAUUGUAGAGCAUGGCACCGACUGUCUCGCCUGUUCUACACAUGUCUCUAUUUUCAGAUAAGGGAACUGCACAUAUCCUGUCUGGAGAAGAAUGUCUGGGAGAAUGAAGAUGAUGGAUUCCCAAAUUGUUGUUUAACGUUGAUAUAAAGCACAAACAUUGCUUUAUGAAACAUAUUUCAAAGUUCUGUACAAGUUGUAAUUUACUCGGUUACCUGCCAAGAUAAGAAAGUUCAGUUUGUUUGCUCUCCUUUCUUUUGAGAACACUCUACGUUCCACCCCAGGAUGAUGGCCAAAGAUGAACUUGUAGCAGCGCUGCAAAACCUGAAACCUGGCAAGACCAAGAAAAUGAGAGCUGCACUGCUCCAACUGGAGGAUUUACUCGCCAAAUUUGACCAGCCGGACAGUAAGUAGCAAUGAUGAUGAGAGUUUUUUACCUUGACCAUUUAAAUGGAUCUCUGACACAUUAAAAUAACUUACUUUUUGAUUGCUUCUACCCUAUCAGAUGUUGCUGCUGCAGAGGGUGCAGCUGGGGAGGACAUAUCUUCUCCAGGGAAAGGCCUCCAGAAGAAAACAGGCCUGUUCCAACUGCAAAAGGUAACAUUUUUGUAAUGUAAGAGAAAGAAAACGAUUGAAUACACUUCUGAUAUGUAGUGCCCCCACCCGAAUCCCAGUCGCUGUAUGAGGUGUGCUACUACAGCUCCUCUGCUGUCCUGAGACCCCACCUCAACGCCACACCCCGCACCGCCAUCCAGACUGCCCUCAGCAACCCCUACCAUUACCUGAAGGUAAACAACUUACCACUGAGAGGCUUUGUCUCAAUAGUGUCUAGUAAACUCCUUUCCUCAUAUCCUCUCCCUAAUCUGGAAAGACUUGAUGGGUGUAAGCAAUAUGGUGGACUACUAUCAUUGGGCUUACUUUCACCUGUUCACAAUUCUUUCAGAUCAGUGCAGAUGAAGCAAAAGGAAAGGAGAUAAGCCCAGUCUCUUUAGACAGCUGAGUAUCAGCCAAAGCUUUAAGUGUUAAAGCUACAACAGCAGCUGAUACUGAUGCUAAUGUUGUGUGGUUCAGAAUGAAAACCUGCGGACCGAGGACGGGACAGUCUCCAAUGCGGCUCCAGACAUCUGCAUUGUGUACAAACUCCAUCUGGAGUGUGGGAGGGUCAUCAACCUGUAUGACGGGUUGGAGGUAGGUUUUUUAUAAAGAAUCAAAUGAAACACCAUUGUUGGUAUUCUUUACUGAACAAAAAUAUAAAUGUAACAUGCAACAAUUUCAAAGAUUUUACUGAGUUACAGUUCAUAUAAGGAAAUCAGUCAAUUGAAAUAAAUGCAUUAGGCCCUAAUCUAUGGAUUUCACAUGACUGGGAAUGCAGAUAUGCAUCUGUUGGUCACAGAUACCUUUAAAAAAAGGUAGGAGCGUGGAUCAGAAAACCAGUCAGUAUCUGUUGUGACCACCAUUUGCCUCAUGGAGCACGACACAUCUCAUUCGCAUAGAGUUGAUCAGGCUUUUGAUUGUGGCCUGUGGAAUGUUGACCUACUCCUCUUCAAUGGAUGUGCGAAGUUGCUGGAUAUUGGCGGGAACUGGAACACGCUGUCGUACAUGUCGAUCCAGAGCAUCCCAAAUGUGCUCAAUGGUGUGGUGACAUGUCUGAUGAGUAUGCAGGCCAUGGAAGAACUGGGACAUUUUUAGCUUCCAGGAAUUGUGUACAGAUCAUUGGAUGCGACAAACCGCUCGCCGACACAACGCCAUACACGCUGUCUGCCAUCUGCCCUGUACAGUUGAAACCGGGAUUCAUCUGUGAAGAGCACACUUCUCCAGCGUGCCAGUGGCCAUCGAAGGUGAGCAUUUCCCCACUGAAGCCGGUUAAGACGCCGAACUGCAGUAUGGUCAAGACCCUGGUGAGGACGAUGAGCACACAGAUAAGCUUCCCUGAGACAAUUUCUGACAGUUUGUGCAGAAAUUAUUCGGUUGUGCAAACCCACAGUUUCAUCCGUUUUUCGGAUGGCUGGUCUCAGACUAUCCCGCAGGUGAAGAAGCUGGAUGUGGAGGUCCUGGGCUGGAGUGGUUACACGUGGUCUGCGGUUGUGAGGCCGGUUGGACGUAUUGCCAAAUUCUCUAAAACGAUGUUGGAGGCGGCUUAUGGUAGAGAAAUUAACAUUCAAUUCUCUGACAACAGCUCUGGUUAACAUUCCUUCAGUCAGCAUGCCAAUUGCACGCUCCCUCAAAACUUGAGACAUCUGUGGCAUUGUGUUGUGACAAAACUGCACAUUUUAGAGUGGCCUUUAAUUGUCCCCAGCACAAGGUGCACCUGUGUAAUGAUCAUGCUGUUUAAUCAGCUUCUUGAUAUGCCACACCAGUCAGGUAUAUGGAUUAUCUUGGCAAAGGAGAAAUGCUCACUAACAGGGUUGUAAACAAAGUUGUACACAGAAUUUCAUCGAAAUAAGCUUUUUGUGAGUAUGGAACAUUUCUGUGACCUUUUAUUUCAGCCCAUGAAACAUGGGACCAACACUUUACAUAUUGUGUUGAUAUUUUUGUUCAGUGUAUAUAUUGAAUGAGAGAAACCGAGUGAAUUUGUAUGUAUUUGCAGGCUUUUGCUACAGUGGUCUCGGCUGCAGAGGACAAGGAUGCUGACUUUGCGUACUAUGGCAAAGUGGAUGAACUCAAACAU